UAGCCCCACGAACACGGACCGUAACAGACGGACCGAACUUCCACUGUUAAGCCGUUCCACGCGUGUGUCUGCGAGAGUGUAUGUGUGGUGCACGUGUCUGUGUGUGUAUGUGUGUUUUUUUUAAAUAAUUUAUUUAUAACUAAUAUGGCGAUCUAAAAUAUAAUUGUUUGGAUAUAUACCUAUAUUUAUAUAUAUAUAUAUCAUAAUAUAUACUAUUAUGUAUAAGUAAUUGAUGAUUUCGAUAUUACCAAUGUAUUAUAUGUAAAUAUGUCGUAUAUAUGAAUAUAUGCUAUAAUUUAAUCGCCGCCCAGGAUCGUGUUUAACAAUGGAAAUUUGAAUCUGAAGGCUUUACGUUUAUAACCCUCAGUGUUUGUCACUUAAGCAGAUUUUGAGAGUGUCCGCGUGACACAAGCAGAAGUUUUAGCAUUUUAAGUCAAUAACAAGUGUACUAUGGUGUAUUUACUACACAGAAACCGGAUAUGGUUAUCCGCCGGGCUGUUGGUGUUCAUUAUUGCAGUGUGCUCAUCGACAUCCGUACUCCAGACGGAUAAUGAUUUGGUGUUUGAAGAUGAUCGAACAUCAAGUAACAUUUUGGAUAGUUUAAACCCACCUAAUCAAUCGGUAUCCAAAUUGCUAAGCUUUGUACAUGGAUCAGUGAAGCGGAUGAAACGAUCGUUUUGGUCAAUUUUAGGAGAAGAAGAAACAACUGAAAAAACUUCUACUGAAUCUAUAUCAUCAUCUAGUGUUGAUACCAAUAUAUUAUCAAGGGUGACGAGAACGACGCAGGAAGAAGUAGAUACAACGAUUUCAAUGACAGUAGCAGAUAGUGGACCAAAUCGUGGAGAUAUAUCAUCGCUCGAUGACGAUGAAGACAACGAUCUGACGUCGGGCGAUGGUAAUCAUUCGGGUGAUGGACCAGACAUAGAUGAUCAUUAUACGACGAACAAACCACGGCUAGUUGAAGUACAACUAGUACAAGAUGAUCUAUUCUCUAGAGAUAAUGUGAAUAGCUUUAAUUUAACUAUUAAUAUUCCAACCAACUCUGUUACUGUCGAUUCUACCACUACUACAAGCACCGCCGCUACUACUGUUACAACGACAACAACAACAGAGACCACAGCUACCCAACCAUCCACAGUCACUCAAACGUCCACGACUACUGAGUCCCCAACGAGCGCGGCGCCGCUAUCACCAUCUCAAUUAUUUGUCGAACAAGGCACAAUUAUUUUUAGGGUACAUUUAACAAUCAUGGAGCCAUAUACUAAAGACUAUGCUAAUAUGAGAAGCGAAGCUUUUGAAUGGCUGGCCAAUAAUAUAACUCUAUCACUGAAUGAAGCAUUAAAACAAUAUGGAACUUACUCACCAAGAGUAGUAGCAAUCCAGCCAAGUAGCGACGAGUUUUUUGUAAGAGCAACCGUUGACAUUGAAUCCGAAGGACGUGAAUCUAAAGAAACAUUAGAAAAUCAGCUCCGUUAUUUCAUAUCAAACUCUAGAGAUUUUAAUCCAAGCAGCCCGCUUACUGUUAUCGAUAAAGGAUUCGAUAUCAUACAAGCAUAUGCUGGUCUCACCGCUACUUGUCAAUCGAGUGAAAUGCUUUGUGUAGUCACCAACACUUGUUUACCACCUGAAUCUCGAUGCAAUGGCACGACUGAAUGCCCAGACGGAACUGACGAACAAAUGUGUCCGAUUGUUACAAGACUUCUUAUACCUCACAUUUGCGGAGUUGAUGAAUUUCAAUGUGACGAUACUACAUGUAUUCCAAAUUCAAAAAGAUGCAAUGGUCUUAGUGAAUGCUUGGAUCAAACUGACGAGCGAGAUUGUCCAUUAACUCCCGAAUGUACUGCUGGACAAUUCAAAUGUCAUCUUACAUCGUUUUGUAUCGAAAAAUCUUUACAAUGCAACAGAAUAAAAAAUUGUCAGGACGGUUCGGACGAAGAAAAUUGUCCUGAAAAGGUUUGUGAUGAAAAUUCAUUUUCAUGCCGAAGCACAGAUCAGUGCAUUGAUAGAAGAAAAGAAUGCGACACACGGAUUGAUUGCGAUGACGGAUCUGACGAAGAAAACUGCUCUAAUUGCGGCCCUGAAGAAUUCCAAUGUCACAAUGGUAAAUGUUUGUCCAUCGACAAAAGAUGCAACGGUAAAACUGAAUGCAGCAACGGUGAAGAUGAGGUUAAUUGUGGAAUACCGGGUGGUGACAGUCUUGUCAGUCUUGGUACAGACCCCAUGCUCGCACCUUGCGCUGAAUCAGAUUUCACAUGUGCUGACAUGAGUUGCAUACCCUUGUCGAGGUCUUGCGACGGCCGUUCGGAUUGUCCGGACGCAGAAGACGAGCGGAAUUGCACAAAUGACAGACCAUCGUUAUCGUCUGCAAACACUAAUCAGGCAUCGUCACCGGUCACCACAUCUCCUUCUGCAAUUGCCACGGUGUGUUUUACCAACGAGUUUCGAUGCCACGACGGAAGUUGUGUGAGCAUCCAUUACCGCUGUGAUGGUAUUAACGACUGUAAGGAUCAAAGUGACGAAUUGGACUGUGCUCCCACGACUAUAGUGACUCCCAACGUCACUAAUAUUGAAACCACCACUGUAUUAUACCCGCAGUACCAAAAUCCUUCUGUGUUCGUAACCUGCAACUGGAACGAAUUUGCUUGCCGCAACGGUCGGCAGUGCGUCCCGAAAUCGGCGAAAUGCAACAACAACUACGAGUGUCAAGACUAUUCGGACGAAGACAAUUGCUAUGGAGCUCCAGAUGGUUUAAAUCUAAAAACAUAUCCCAAUGAACAAACAAUAAAAGAAAACAGAGAAGUAGUAUUUCAAUGCAGAGACGAAGGUCCUCUGAGAGCACCUGUUAGAUGGUCUCGUGGCAAUGGACUAUAUUUACCUUCUGGGUCUAGGGAUAUCGGAGGCCGAUUAGAAAUGCCUAAUAUCAAGGUUGAACACAGUGGCACAUACGUGUGCGAAGCAAUCGGUUUCUCAGCUUCAGACCCUGGAUCCCGCGUAUCCGUCUUCCUAAAAGUAGAGCCAUGGAUUGAUGUAACGGUUCGGCCAUUAGAAUCUUGUGGUUUGAAUGAAGCUACGUGUUCUAAUAAACAAUGUAUAUUAAAAACAAAAGUUUGUGAUGGCCAAGUAGAUUGUUCAGACGGAUCAGAUGAAACCCGUUGCAAUAUGUUUGGAUGCCAACCUAACGAGUUCCGCUGUAGUAAUAAAAAAUGUAUACUUAAAACUUGGGUGUGUGAUGGUCAAGACGAUUGUGGAGAUAAUUUUGAUGAACAGAACUGUGAACAAAAAUUAUCGGAUUCUCGCUGUUUAUAUAGUGAAUUUGAGUGUAGAAAUAAAGAGUGCAUUCCAAAAUCUUUCCAAUGUGAUUCUCAAAGUGAUUGUUCAGAUGGAAGUGAUGAAAUUGGUUGUCUUCCUGUACAAUUCCAAACUACACCUCCUCCAUUGAUAACACUAGAAAUUGGUGAAGUAUUCAUAACAACAUGCAAAGCUGUUGGUGUACCAACCCCAGAAAUAUCAUGGCGAUUGAACUGGGGUCAUGUACCGACAAAAUGUGAAAUGACUAGUGUCAAUGGAUUUGGCACACUCACUUGCCCUAAUAUUCAAGAAGCUGAUCAAGGUGCAUACAGUUGUGAAGGUAUCAACAUACAUGGGUCCGAAAUAGCAGUACCAGAUACAAUAUUAGUUGUGAAACCAUCUAAUAUAAUUCAACAAACGUCAUGUCCUAAAGGAACAUUUAAUGAUAUAGCUUUAUCACAAAAUGAUUGUAUCAACUGUUUUUGUUUUGGAAUCUCAAGUAAUUGUAGAAGUUCCAAACUCUUUAAGAUUCAGAAUACACCAUCAUUGUAUCAACUUAGAAUAGCUAAUGUUCAUAUUGAACCUUCUUCAUUUAGAGUAGAACUACAACCAACAAGUUCUAGUGCUCAUCAAAUAAAUGUUAAUGGUAAUGAAGCUUUACAAGUGUUUACAGUCAAUAAUGCUUCAAGGCAAUCUGAAGACAUAUAUCCAUAUUUCAAAUUCCCAGAAAGUUAUUUAGGCAAUCAGCUUAAAUCUUAUGGGGGAUACAUAAAAUACACAGUUAGGUAUGAGGGAAAUGGAGAUCCGAUUACAUUCAUACCAGACAUAAUUUUGAUUGGAAAUGGUAUUAAACUUAUGUAUUUUGGUCCGGAAACAACAGUAGGCUUGGAUACAGUUGUAUCAGCUAAAUUAUUUACUAAUGUUUGGAAAAAAGAAAGUACCAGUACUAGUUAUUCUGAUGAUACACUAGCAACUAGGGAAGAUGUCAUGAUGGUUUUAGCUAAUGUGGAAAAUAUUUUAAUCAGGGGUCAAUAUGUUUCUCAACAAUCUGAAACAAACAUAAAACAUAUAAAAUUGGACUCUGCACAAACAUUGAAUAGUGUAAAUGAACAUGUAGCAUUUGUUGAAGAAUGCCAAUGUCCAGCCGGUUAUACUGGUCUAUCAUGUGAAAGCUGUGCUCCUGGAUAUGUACGCAGACAACAAGGUUCCUGGUUAGGACAGUGUUAUAAAGAAGAUACAGAAGUCUGUCCUACAGGAAUGUAUGGAUCUCCACCAAGAGGAAUACCAUGCAGACACUGUCCUUGUCCCUUAACAUCAUCUGGCAAUCAAUUUGGUAAAGGUUGCUACCUAGACACUGAUGGAUUACCGACAUGUAACUGUGUUGAUGGAUAUGUUGGACGAAGGUGCGAACAAUGUGCCUCAGGAUAUUCAGGAAAUCCUUUACAACCUGGAGAUUAUUGCAAACAAGGUAUAUGUGAUGUAGCUGGUUCAAUAUCACCAUUCCCUGAUGAGAGAACUGGAAAAUGUGUCUGCAAGGAUUAUACAACUGGUGAUUUAUGUAACCAAUGUAAGGCUAACACGUUCAACAUUGCACCAGAUAACCAAUUUGGUUGCAUUAGCUGUUUCUGUAUGGGUGUAUCCAAUCAAUGUACCAGUUCCAGACUGUAUAGACAAGAAGUACACGCAACAUUCGCAAGGACCAACCAAGACAUCAAAUUAAUUCAGCGUAAAAAUUUUGUUCCUUUACCAAAUCUAGUAGUGGAUUCAAGUACAAGAGAACUUGUUUACUCAGACUUUCCUCCAGGCAGUCAAGAAGUGUAUUAUUGGCAAUUACCUCCACGUUUUUUGGGAAAUAAAAUAACUUCAUAUGGUGGUUCUCUUAGUUAUAUCUUAAGACAUGUUCCAGUUCCAGGUGGUCAGUCUUCCAAAAACAGUGCACCAGAUAUCGAACUCAUAAGUGAAAACAAAAUCCGAUUGUUGCAUUAUAGCCGUGAAAAUGUAGAACCAAAUACUUUAAAAACUACAUCAGUUAAGCUAUUAGAACAAAAUUGGCAACGACCAGAUGGUCAGGUUGCAGAUCGUGAACAUUUAUUAAUGGCUUUAGCUGGUUUGAAAUUCAUAUUAAUUAAAGCAACUUACACAACUGGCACUAAAGAAGCAGCUAUACAGUCAGUAACGCUUGAAAUUACUGAUUCAUUCAAUACUGGCAAAAAUAGAGCUGUUGAAGUAGAAGAAUGUUUGUGUCCAGAAGGAUACAAAGGUUUAUCAUGUGAAGAUUGUGCUGUUGGUUAUACUAGAAAUGGUCAAGGUCUCUAUUUAGAAAUAUGUGAACCAUGUACAUGUAACGGUCAUUCAAAUCAUUGUGAUCCUGACUCUGGAAUUUGUGUUAACUGCCAAAAUCAUACAACAGGAGAUACAUGUAAUGAAUGUUUACCAGGUUAUACUGGUAACCCAGUUAAAGGCAUACCAUGUGAAGCUAGUGAAGUGAUUCCAGUCUGCGAUUGUGAUUCUCGGGGCACUUCAUUACCCUGUCAAGACAAUAGAUGUGUUUGCAAAACCAAUGUUGAAGGACCUCGCUGUGACCGUUGUAGACCUGGUACAUUUGACUUGUCAGAAAAUCAUAUAGAAGGAUGUUUAGAGUGUUUCUGUUCUGGUGUUUCUCAAAACUGUUAUCCUUCCAAUUUAUUUGUUACUCAAAUUCCAAUGCAGUUAUUCGGACAAAAUCAUGGUUUUACUUUAACUGAUAGUACUAGAAACAGGUUCAUUAAAUCUGGCUUUUUAACUGACGUGUCAAGAAAUGAAAUUGGUUAUGACUAUACGCCUAAUCGUGGUGAACAACUAUUUUGGUCAUUGCCAUCUUCUUUUACAGGAAAUAAGAUUACAUCCUAUGGAGGUUCCCUCAACUGGACCCAACGCUAUACCACUUUUCCAGGAUCCACAAUACGUGACGACACAGACAUUAUACUUGUUGGAAGUGGAAUAUGGUUAUUUAAAUCAAAUGAUAAAAAAAUUCAGCCAGGCGAAACAACCGUACUAAGUACUCAUUUAGUAGAAAAAGGUUGGCGUCGAUUAAUUUCUUCGGGACCACAACCUGCAUCAAGAGCUGAAUUUAUGAAAGUUCUUUCAUCUAUUGAAGCCAUCUUAAUUCGUGCAAUACAUGCUUCUCAGACUAAUAGAACAUACCUCAGUGAUGUGAGUUUAGAUACAGCUAUUGAAUCAGAAACUGGUGGCGUACGAUCAACCAGUGUUGAAAUAUGCAGAUGUCCAGUUGGUCACCGAGGGACAUCAUGUGAAAUAUGUAGUGUUGGAUAUUACAAGAACACCAAUGACCAAUGCACAAGAUGCCCAUGUAAUGCUAAUGAAGAAAGCUGCUCUUUAGGCUCAGACUUAAAGGUCACUUGUAAUUGUCUACCUGGAUACACUGGAUCUUCAUGCAAUACCUUAGUUAACAAUAGACUACCAUCCUCAAUCAAAACACCAUCAUCACCACCACCACUUCCACAGCCAGAAAUUUAUAUCCAAAUUACUGAGCCAAAAAUCGAAAUUGUUGAAAUAGGAAAUACAGUUACAUUACACUGUGCUGCUAAUUCUCGUCGUUCACAAAGAAUUAAUAUAACUUGGUCAAAAGAAGAUGGAUAUUUGCCAUCUGAGCGUACACAAGACAAUGGAUCCGGUUACUUGUAUAUAACUAGCGUGGAACCUUCAGAUAGUGGAGUAUAUAUUUGUACAGCAUCGGAUGGAUAUUCAUCCUUCAGUGAUAAAAAAACACUGAAAAUAGCAGACAAAGCAGCAAUAACCAGUAAACCGAUACAAAGUCAGCCAGAAAUUUACAUCACAGUUUCAGAUCCAUCAAUCGAGAUCGUGGAAAUUGGUAGUACUGUAAGGUUUAGAUGUGAUGCCAGAUCUAGACGUAGUCGGCCUGUUGUAUUAAAAUGGACAAGAGAAGGCGGUAGUUUACCUGCAAAUAGAGCAAUUGAUAAUGGAUCAGGAUAUUUGCUAUUUACAAAUCUUGACACAUCAGAUUCUGGAGUAUAUGUGUGCACUGCUUCUGAUGGUUAUUCAGCCAUCAGUGAAAAGAAAACACUUGCCGUUGGAGGUGGAACAAAUGUUAUUAAACCAACUGUUGAAAUCAGACCUAAAUACCUUAGACUCAAAGUUGGUGAACCAGCUGAAUUUGUUUGUUCAUCUCCUGGAGCACCUACACUAGAAUGGUAUAGAGGAUUAGAUCAACAGUUUAGCCCAUCUUAUUGGACUGCGGAUGGUGUGUUCCGUAUUUCGGCAGUAAAACAAUCCGAUCAAGGCACUUAUUUCUGUAGAGCAACAAAUCAAAAUGGCGAAACUGAUUCACAAAGAGUCAUAAUUUAUAUUGAACCUUCCCAAAAUGUCACAAAUGGACCAAAUGAUUUUUUGUCACUGACAAUAGAUCCACCCCAAUAUUCAGGACCGGGUGAUGUUGUACGUCUUCAAUGUAUUAGUUCAGAUGACUCUCAGUAUGCAUUAAAAUGGUCAAAAGCAGGAAAUCAACCAUUACCAUAUGGAUCUGAACAAAGUGGUGGUCUUUUGACUCUCAACCGUCUUAAACCUUCCAACUCUGGUAUGUACGUCUGUUCAGCAAUUUCAUAUAGAUCUGGAGCGAUUGAAUCAGAAGUUGAAGUACCAGUCAAUAUUGUGCAAAGAAGAAAUCCACCAAGCUUACGCAUCGAACCAGACAGACAAAUAGUUCCACAAGGUACCCUCGCAGAACUCAGAUGUCUGUCGACUACUGAUCCCAAUCUUCAAGUACAAUGGUUUAAAAUAAAUGAAAAUUUAACACCAAAUGUUCAGAUAAGUGGAUCUUUACUACGCAUACCAUCGGCUCAAGUCAAAGACCGCGGUAUUUAUGUUUGUAAAGCUACAAAUGAAGGCGGAACAGCACAAGCAUCUUCUAUUAUUGAUAUUGAACGAAGGGAAGCUCCAACUAUUGAACUAUAUCCAAGUGCUAGACAAAUCGUAACUCUUGGAGGUAGUGUACUAUUCCAAUGUCGAGUAACUGGUGGAAUUCCUACACCUAUUAUCAAGUGGACUAGACGGAAUGGUGAAAGUUUACCUAGUCAAAUGGAAGAGAUUCCACCCGGAGUUAUAAAAAUCACUGGUAUGGAAGCAUCUAGUGCAGGUGAGUAUGUUUGUGAAGCAAGAAACAAUGCUGGCAUGACAUCAGCUACAGCCAUUCUUGAAGUUCAAUCUCUCCCUGUUAUUAAGUUAAGACCUUCUGGUAUUGUAACUGUACUACCAGGAAAACAAGUUAAGCUUCAUUGCCAUGCUACUGGAAACCCAACACCUACCGUGACAUGGACUAAACUUACACAGGGUUAUCCUUCUUACCAGGAAUCUCGCAGUAACACGGAGUCUUCCGAUAUAGUUGAAUAUGUUAUAGAUAGUGCUCAACCAUCAGAUACUGGAACUUAUUCUUGUGUAGCACAAAAUUCUGCCGGACCUGUGGAGGACCGAAUACAAUUAAUUGUGUCUGACGACGUGAAUGAAAUAUCUGGUGGAGAAAAUGAAGGACAAAUAAAUACAAAUGAAGAGGAUAAUAAACCAUCUGGACCGUUUAGAGGUGAUAUAGCCGGAAAUGACGAAAAUGGAGGUGUCAUUUCUAAUACAAAACCCGAAGAUGAAUUAGUAAAUUUGGUAGGAUCUAGAGCAGUUCUCACUUGCAAUGCUGAUCCAACUGCAAUUAGAGAUCGCAUUAAAUUAACAUGGUUGAGAGGUAACCAACUAUCAUUAUCAGAAGAGCAUGAUAUUAUCGAUAAUAUGCUAAUUCUAAGAAAUGUUCAGAAAUCGGAUCAAGGCCUGUACAACUGUAUAGGUCUUGAAAACGACGGAACUGUUGUCUUCAGUCGAUCCAUUACAUUAAGAGUAGUUGAACCUCCAAGAAUUGUAUUGAACCCAACACGCCAAGUAGUUAAACGAGGUGACAACGCUCAAAUUAUAUGCUCCGCAGAUGGAGAUCAACCUAUUACAAUUACUUGGUCAAAAUUGUCGAGUCGCUCGUUACCACCUACUGUACAAACGAGUGGAGGAUUUUUAAGAUUCAAUGGUAUCACUGAACAAGACACUGGUAGAUAUUUAUGUAAAGCUGCAAACAAUAUUGGUGAAGCUGAAUCUGUUGCUGAAGUCAUAGUGAACGAUAACUCGCGAGAUCGUCCUGCUCCGAUCAUUAGAGCUAUUGAUCACAAUCAAGAAGUAUUUGAAGGUGGAAACACUAAUCUUCGGUGUGUGCUACCUAGAUCAAGUGAACAAUACACCGUGAAAUGGAGUCGUACCCGAUCACCACUUCCAAAUGACAGUCAAUUACGCGGGGAUGUACUAAGCUUAAGAAACUUACGUGUAAAUGACACUGAUCGUUACUUAUGUAAAGUCGAUAGUCCAUACGGAUCAACUACUGACUACAUAGAUCUCCGUGUUCUCCCAUCUUGUCUGUCUGACGAGUUCCGCUGUAACGACGGGCGAUGCAUUUAUAUUGCACAUUAUUGCGAUGGCAUACCUCACUGUUCCGACGGUUCGGAUGAAGAAGAAUCAUGUUUGGAGAAGAAAAAUAGAAUUGGUCGAAACUCUGGUCUUUAUAUUAAGCCCAGUCAAGGAGCGGUUUACAUUGGUGACAUAUUAGAGCUUGAGUGUAUUUGGACCUCUGACACAAGUUCUAGUGAAUACAGCGAAAUUACGUGGGCCAAAGUAAAUGACGACAUGGAAAACAAUGUUGAAAAUCUAGGAUCCAUUAUCAAGUUUAAUGAUGUGAAACCAGAGAACAGCGGAACUUACAGGUGUACGAAACGAGAUAAAAACAAUAACAUCAUCACUGAAGAUUACGAGUUAACUGUUACACCAACUCCAUCUGAUGCGGCUUUACCAUCAGUGAGUACCAAGUACGCACCAUAUGGAAAAUCUGUUGUAGUCGAAUGUAACACCGAUCUAUCACUACCAGUAGAAUAUUCUUGGGCCAAGUUUGGACCUCAAAUGGAACCUAUAUACGAUCGCAGAAACUUAACACUGUACAACGUUACUGAAAAGAGUGCGGGACUGUACUUGUGUACAGCUUCGAACGAAAUGGUGAGAUUGGAUAUCCCAACAGUGCUUGUCGUCACCGGAAUCGUACCCUCAUUCCGUGGUACCGACAGCUACCUAGCAUUCCCAACCCUCCUCAACACUUAUUUAGAACUGAACAUCGAAGUUCACUUCAAACCCGAAAUGAACGAUGGUUUGAUAUUGUACAACGGUCAAAAAUCUGGUGGAUCAGGUGACUUUUUCUCGUUCGGGCUUCGUGACGGUGUUCCUGAGUUCCGUUUUGACGUUGGAUCUGGGGCUGCGAUCAUAAAAGCCACCGAACCUGUGACGUUGAAUGAAUGGCACAUUGCUAAGCUCGAAAGAGUUAAAAAACACGGUACUAUGUACAUCGAUGAUCGCGGUCCGUACCGCGGAGUCAGUCCGGGCACCUUCCAAGGAAUGGAUUUGUCCCAACUCUUAUACAUUGGUGGAGUACCCGACUUUGGAUCGAUACACAAAGAUGCAGGAUUCCAAACCGGAUUCAUUGGUUGCGUCAGCGGUUUCAAAUCGGAAAGCCGUACGUAUAACUUGAUGAAGGACUCGGUUGACAAAGAAGGUUUAGGCACAUGUGACGUUUGUUCCAACAAUCAGUGUUUGAACCAAGGUAUUUGUCAAGAGGCUCAAACCAGUCAGGGGUACACGUGUAUAUGCCAACCUGGUUACAGCGGCGAGUAUUGUGACAAGAUAAGUGAAGUGUGUACGCCUGGCAUCUGUGGACUUGGUGAAUGUUUGAACGGUCACGAUGAAAUCGAAUGCAAAUGUAAAAUCGGUACACUCGGAAAGAGAUGUGAACGUACCGUUGAUAUCGUAGAACCAUAUUUUUCUGGCAAAUCUUAUCUAGCAUACCCGGCACCAACUUCGCAACAGAAACUAACAAUAUCCUUGAAAAUAAAUCCGGCGUCUUUGACAGACGGCGUGAUUCUUUACGCCGCUCAAAACCAUCAAGGAAUCGGCCAAUUUAUGUCAGUGACGUUGAAGAACAGACAAGUGGAAUUCCGUUACACCGUAGCCGGUAUGACGUCCAUGUUGCGAAGCAGGCAAAACUUGGAAAUUGGCGAGUGGACCACGAUAACCGUUAGCCGUAACACGGAAACACAGGAAUGCAAAUUGUCAGUCAACAAAGAAACGCCAAUCAGGUCCAUUGAAAACGGUAACAUGCAUGCAUUGGAAUUGAAAACUCACUUAUUUGUGGGUGGUUACGAUUCGUACAAGGUGAAAAUCGCCAAAUCCGUAGAAGUCGAGACCAAUUUCAAAGGAUGCAUAAAAAUGCUCAAAGUAUCCGGAAUGGACUUGGACAUGAUAGGUUCUAUUGUGGAUUCUGCGAACACGGAAGACUGCGUAGCUGCACGUGGAGACGCUUGUUCAUAUAACCACUGUAAAAAUUAUGCAAACUGUCACACUACGCCCAAACAUUACGAAUACGAAUGUGAAUGUGAAAAUGGAUUCAGUGGCCCGAAGUGCGACAUCGAAGCGAAGUUGUGUUUAACAUUGAAACCAUGUCACAACAACGGCAUAUGCACUGACAUAGAUUCUAACUCGUAUAGGUGUGACUGCCCGCUUGGACAUUCUGGUCCGACGUGCGACGACAAGGUAGUAUUAGACAUCACUGCGAAUUUCAGCGGUAAUAGUUAUCUGCAGUUGGAAAACAGUCUACUGGACCGAAACAAGAGAGAACAUUCCAUAUCGAUGACGUUCACAACAGAUUCAGCUAACGGUCUGUUAUACUGGCAAGGUCAAGAGCCCAACAAUGACGGCGUAGUCGACAAUUACAUUGCAGUCUCGAUCGUCAACGGGUACGUGGAACUUAGUCACAGAUUCAAAGGCAGAUCGACACCAGCGAUCCGAGCCACGGACCAUCACGUCAACAACAACGAACCUCAUGUGAUAUUGAUUCGCGGAAAUGGAGCUGAAUGGUCUCUGGAGCUGGACAGGCUAACCACAGAAUACGGUAAAGAAAGGGACGUGGACAUACAACAACUCUUGGAAUCUACAGAUUUGAUAUACAUUGGUGGAGUACCGGAAGUCAUACUAACAGCGAACGACAACCAUUACAAAGGGUACGAGGGUUGUAUCGGAGACGUGCGUAUUCAGGACUCAGGAUACGUAAAUCUGGGGCAAAAAUCAUUGUCCGGCAAAAACGUUGCUACUUGUAACAGACACGACGUUAACAACAUCAUUCAAAGAAAUGAUUAAUAUAAUCGAUGGACAAAAUGCACCUCAGUCAACGACUGCAAACAACGCUAAAGACAACAAUAAUAAUAUUAUAUUAUAUAAUUUUUAAAAGCAAAAACGCUAUUUUUUUUUUUUUUUUAGUUUAAAUAUAUUUUAUAAUCAAAUCGCUUUUAACGACGCCUACUUUUGUAAUUUUUAAACUUAUUUGCGUUUAUAGUUUAUAAAAAAAAUAUCAAAUUAUUUAAUAAGAAUUUUGUUAUGCAAUUAUAAUAACACACCGGCCUGCUAUCAUACAUAAUAAUAUGUACAUCGCAGUUCUACAGCGUAGUUAAGUAAUUUUUCAUAAUUUUUACCAUUUUUGGCCGUCGCCAUUCACCGCCAAUCGAAAUCGUUAUUCUACGUAGCAUAUAUAUAAUAUUAUAUAAAAAUAGUAUACUCUCGAAAUUCAGCCAACCAUGUGUUCUCGAAUAACGAUUCACUUGAAACUCGCUGUUUUCAUUCUUGUUAAAAUGCAAGACCAGUCCCGCGACGGACAGAAAAAAUUAAUCCCCCCCUUCACGGCCACACCACGUAGACUAAUUUGCUCGUAUAUUAUUAUUGUAUUAUUAAUUUAACACUAUUAUAUUUAUACAUUGAUUAUUAAUAAAUCGUAUAUCAUAUCGUGCCAUA